UUAAACAUGUAAUUUACAAAUGUAGAGAAAAUAAUCAUCCUGUAACAGAAACUUUAGCUAGCAUUUAUUGCAUAGACUAUAUACAAUUAAAAAACUGAUAGAUUUUAUCUUGAAGACAAAUUAUUCCCUUCUUAAAUUGAAGAACUUAAUCACUUAGUUUUAGAAAAAUUAUCAUAAAUAGACAAGCCAAGCAUGAAGACAAUAUAGAUGCAAAUAUCAUAUGAUAGUUCUUUUAUAGAGUCAGAAAUGUAAAGAUAAGAAAGAAUAAAAAUUUAAAGUAUAGAGACAGGUAAACUAACAGAUGGUGUAGUUACUUUAGAAAUAAAGAAUGCCAAAGAUUUUGAAGGAUUAACUAUUUUAUUUAAGAAAAUAUUUAAUUUCCUUCUUCAUAAAAAUAAAGAAUUAAUGGUUUAAAAUACAAACAAAUCCAGACUUUCUGAACAAGAAAAUUAAACAACUUAAUUUAAUAUUGAAAAAGAAGUAGCAGCAGGACUCGAAAGCGUAAUUCCAAGAGCAGCCUUAGGUCCUUUUGUAUCUUUAAAUCCUUCUGAAAAAGUUACUUAAUUAGUAGAAUUGUCUAAUUUAGUUAUAGGAAUAAGAUUAUUUAAUAAAUGGAUUAAUAAAGGUGGUAUCGGACUUAUACCAUUUUAAGAAUUAUUAGAAUAUCCAGGGAAAGAUUUAAAUGAAAAAAUAAGAAUAGAAGCAAUAGAUGUAAUUGAAUAAUGUGAUAAUUACACAAUAUUUUUUUAAACUUUGAAAUAUACAAAAUUAAAUAUUCCAGAAGAAUAAUUAAAAUAAUAUAAAGAUGAAUUAACAUUUUUAAGAUAGUAUUUAUCUUAUAUUCUAUCACUUUAAGAAGACGUUGAUAUUUCAGAAAAUACAGUUGAUUCGAAUAAAACAAAGUUUUUAAAAGAAAUUAAAGAUUUAGAAUCCUUAUUAAAAUAAAAAUCUUCUGCACCUAAAGAAUAAGUACUUUUUUAUAUUUUAAAAAAAUAAAUAAAUUAAUAUUAGGUUUAUCCUAAAUUUGCUAUAUUAUCAUAUGCUUAUGUAUAAUUAUUAGAAGAGAAGAAUAUAUGCUUGACAAGAAUAAAACUCUUUAAUUUACUUUAAGAUAUAAGAUUUGAUUUUAAAUUAACUUUGCCAAAAAAUUGCAUCAUUUAAUCAAAAAAUGCCCUCUAGGAAGGACACAAUGAAGAACCAGUGUAAAUUAAUCAUAACUAAAAUCACUAAGUAGAAAGUCUUUUGCCUUAAAAUACACCUGAUUUUAUGUAAACUCCUUUAGAUUAUUUAGGAUUUUGUUUAUGGUCAAUAGUCAAAAGAGAUGGUUUAUUAUUACCAGGAAAACCAGUAUUGGGAGUAUAUAGAUACAAAGAUAAAAAUUGUGUAUUUAGUGAUGAAAAAUGCAUAAACGAAUUUAUUGCAGACCCUUAAUUUUUUAUAUAAGGAGUAAUAAAUGAAUGCAGGAAAAAUCCCGAAUUAAUCCAUCUAUUGAGAAUGGAUGAUUAAUUUAAAAAUGAUGUUAAUCUUAAUAUUUAUUUGCAAGCUUAAGAAGGAGGACAUCAACUUUCUAAUAAAUUAAUGGUUGACAAAGCUGUUGAGACACCUUAACAUUUCAUUGAAAAGAAAUUAGAUCCUAAUUAUUGUUGGAAUGAAUGGGAACUUAGAAAAAAAGCAUUAUAAAUGGCCAAUAUUAGAAAAAGAUAAACUAAAGCUUGCUAAACUAUUCUUUCUAAUUUUAAGGUAGAUUCGGAUGCUUAAACUUAUUAGCCAAAGGAUGCAGAAACUAAUACUGGUAUUAAUAAAGCUAUUAAUCCUUUACGUCCACGUAACUAUAUUACUGGAUUAAGAGAUAAAAAUACUCAGUGA